AUGGGCGGUGGCGCGCCCCUCAGACCGCCCGACAUCGCGCCGCCGCAGCAGCACCGGCCGCCGCCACCAAGUCCUGGACCCCGUCAGCAGAGCCCGCCGCCCGGCGUCGACGCGGACCUGCCCGGCUGGGUCGUCAUACAGCGAACGACUCAGACGGGCCGCUCGUACAAGGUGUACCACGGCCCGCGCGGCGAGUACGCCGAGAGCCGGCGGCAGGCGCUGCUGCUCGCCUCCGGGGAGCCGCUCACGCCGGCGCAGCUCGCGCCCAAGUGCGUGGUCCUCGAGCCGGCCGACGUGCUUUACGAUGGCGACCCGCUCCUGGCCUUGCUGGAGGCGGGGGGCGGCACGGUGCUCUCCUUCGACUCGGGCCUGCUCUCCCACGGCAAGAACUUCUCGCUGAUCGCGCAGUCCGUCGGCCGGCCGAUGUCCGACAUCGUGCGCCGCUACUACGAGCGAAAGUGCCGCACCGAGGAGCGCGAGGCGGCGGCGCUGCUCGCCGCGCAGCAGCGGCCCGCCAUCUUCCCGCCGCCGCAGCGGCACGCGAUGCACCAUUUGGGCCGGAUGGCGCCGUCGCCGUGGAACCCAAUCACCGCGGGCGAGAUUGUGCCCCACCCGACGGGCCCGCUCGUCAACGGCAUCUACUGCGCGCCCGCCUCCGCCGUGCUGCUCGGCCAGGUCAACGUCGCGUCCUGA